UCAUUUACAUAGUUAACUUAGGACGACGAAUAGUAAUUUAAGGACGACAUUUAGCAUUUCAGCAAAAUUAUACUAAACCGAGCCGAAAACAUUGGUGGAGGUGUAGGUUUAGGGCCCGAAAGGCUGUCCAUAGUAGUUUCGGUGGUGGACCAUUGGUUUAUAUCCGGCCCGCUCGGUGCUUAUGAAACAACGCCACAUCCACGACCGAGACCGACGCUCCUUCCGAUUUCUAGGGAUUUCAAUUUCAGGGAAGAUCAAAUUACUGGAGAGGAAGAGCACAGAGUAAGCAGAAGCUGCCGGCGCGAUGUCCUACUUGCUGCCGCAUUUGCACUCUGGAUGGGCCGUCGAUCAGGCCAUCCUCGCCGAGGAAGAGCGCCUCGUCGUCAUCCGAUUCGGCCACGAUUGGGAUGAGACCUGUAUGCAGAUGGAUGAAGUGUUGUCCUCUGUUGCUGAUACAUUGAAGAACUUUGCGGUGAUAUACCUGGUGGACAUCACCGAGGUGCCCGAUUUCAACACCAUGUACGAGCUGUACGAUCCAUCGACCGUCAUGUUCUUCUUCAGGAACAAGCACAUCAUGAUCGAUCUCGGCACUGGAAACAACAACAAGAUCAACUGGGCUCUCAAGGACAAGCAGGAGUUUGUUGACAUUGUGGAGACGGUCUAUCGGGGAGCGAGGAAAGGGCGUGGUCUCGUCAUUGCUCCCAAGGACUACUCCACCAAGUACCGGUACUGAAAGAGUUCCGCAGCAGGAACUGUGGAUUGUUAUCUGUACCAGGUGAUACUGGACGAUUCCUCAAAUGCUGUUAUAUUGCCAAAUAUUGCUACUGAUGUAUUGUUGCAUUUGAACCAACAUGGAAUGUUGUAAUGAUGUCUUUUAAUGCUUAUGUCAUGGAGACAGUCUAUCAUGGACAUCAUCUUGUUUCUCGAAACACCUUUUCAAGAGUCCAGUCCUUUGAGUUUGUUACAUUAUGUGAAUACCACAUUGAUACUGUAGUGUUUCCAAUGAUAUGGUCAGUACAGAACUAGGUUAGGGUUCUCCUUAGCUGGCAACAAUGCUCGCAUCCGUGAACAGUGGUGAUAGUAUCGGUCAUCAUUCGGUUUACGGGUAGUAGACUUUUGGUGCUCAAUGCUAGUCAUACAAGGCUGGUUACUAGCAACGGUUCUGUUCGCUAGACCUCAAUUAUAUUAGUAGUGUUUGAGGUCUGUGAAUGUUGGAGUCUCAGUUACCUGAUCUGAUGACUCUCCUUUCUUGCUAGCAGUUGAUGAUGAUGAUGAUGGAAAACCUCGAGUCGAUGGCACGCAUUAUUCCCCCCCCCCCCCCCCCCAAGAUUUUAAAUUCAGUUUAACUUGACAAUGCUCUCUUGUUGUAUCCUAUACUAAGUUGUGCCUUGCAGGUCAGCUGUUCGAACCACAUAGCUGUGCAUUUUUUUUACUGCCCACAUUAUGGGAGGUAGGUCAACAGUUAAACCCACACAGGUGUCUAUUUUAUGAUUGCUUUGUUAAUAUCUCAUAAUGCUUCUUAAUUCCGUUAAAUUUCGGUUUGACAUAUGGUCAACAGUUCAACCCAUACAAGUGUCUAUUUUAUGAUUGUUUUGUUAAUAUCUCAUAAUGCUUCUAAAUUCCGUUAAAUUUCUGUUUGACAUAUGGUCAACAGUUCAACUCAUACAAGUGUCUAUUUUACGAUUGCUUUGUUAAUAUCUCAUAAUGCUUCUUAAUUCUGUUAAAUUUAUGUUUGACAUAUACAAUCUACAUUUCCAUUGAUACAUCUAAGAUGUCAUAACCCUGUGAACAAUUUGUUUCAAUUCUUCAUCACAUUUUAUUUUUGUUCAUUAAAUUACAUUUUAGUAACAAAACGAAAUGCUCUAAUCCAUAGGUCGUUUGCUUCUAGGAUUUUAGAAAAUGAGGGAUUAUGAUAAAACCUUGGAUUUUGA